AUGACAGAUAAAAGACCUUUAAUCAGAAUAACAUAUGAAGGCGAUGAACUGCCUAAAAUACCGAAAACGUUUCGAAUUAAACCGAAUUUAACUAUCAAAUUACCAGACUCAAUUAAAUCAUCAAUUCCAGGAACUCCGCCAAGUAAACUUGUUAACAAUAGUCCAGUAACGUCUUAUACUAAAGAAGAGGUUUUAAAAUGGGGUAAUGAUGAAGUUCUCAGUUGGUUAUCAUCAAAAUACCUCUAUAAUGUCAUUCCAAUAUUUGAGGAGUGGACCAAGUAUCAACUGAGUACUGAAGAACGUGAAGAGGUAUUAUCAGAAGUAUAUAAUCUAUUAGAAGAUGAUUUUUCACAAGGUGGUGGAAACCAGGGUCACAAGCAACUACAAGAUGUGUACAACAGAGACAAGUAUCGGGCAGCUAUAGAAUUAUCACGUUCCAGAGAAACUGGGAGUAGUUCACCUUCCAUUCUUCUUCUUCCAUCACCGUGCUCUUCUCCUCAGUUGAGAUCUAAACCAUCUUUACAGAAGCAAAGGUCAAUUUCAGAAUCAGAUAUGGGCACCUUGUUAUCACCACUUUCCAGAAAAUCAUCUAAUUUACGACCAGAAAGACAAAGAGAACUGUGGAAUAUAUUUAAACCUAUGGAACCACUGAGAGUAAUUUGUUUACAAGUACAGGAUUGUGGUAAUAAUAUUAGUCUUUAUCAAGAUACACACAAGUUAACAAGAAUUAAAGAUUCUGUUGAAACUCUUCAUCUGCAAGAAAAUGACAUAAAAGAGGAUGAAGUCUCGGACAAGUUGCAAAAUGUUCAAAAUCAGUUGUUAUUGGCUGAAUCCAGAUGGCUUGAUAUGAGAGAGAAGUUAGAAUACAUGAAAACUAACAGCGAUUGGUACAACACAGAAAUAAAAUCUUCACCAGUAGAUCCAGAAGAUUUGAGUUUGGUGAUAAAGGAAGAUGUAGAUAAAAUGUCCAGUGAUUAUUUUGAUAAGCAAGAUGUUCUGAAAGUUCUAGCAGAGAAAAUGUCAGAGAUGAAAAAACAGAAAGAAUAUUUAGACAGAUUGUUGACAGUUGUGAUAGACCAUGCUCCUUGGAUAUUAUCCAAGAUGGCAGAAGAUAUAGAUACCUCACUUAUUGACACUGAUAAAGAGGAAUGGUGCUAA